ACUGCAUCCCUGGCAGUUGGCUACCAGGUCCGAGGAGCAUCUUGGUUAUAUUCUUUUUUCUGCAAGCAGCAGGCUAAGCAGGGAAUGGGGUGAUGGUCUGUAUUCAAGGUAGCCAAAUGGGGUCCAAAAUGGAAGAGAGUUCUCAGUCUCCCAAGGACCCUGCUUCUCAAGCUGACAAAGCAGCCCCAGCGGAUUUUGCACCACGAAUAUCAGAAGCCAUGGCUGAGUUCUUAGUAAACACGGUUGCUAGCACUGCCAAAAUGGUCCAGACUUCUAUACAAGCCCAAAAGUCUGCUCAGCUAGCCUGUUUCCACGCGGAGCAAUCAGUAGCCCAAGCCCGCGCGGCCCACUUAGCAGCACGAGGGUUGGCGGAGCGACUUUUGGGCUUCUUAAGUCCUCCCGACUACCAGGGUCUCUUUCAGGUUCUGCCGCAGCCUCCCAUUUCAUAUGCUGAAUUCUGCACCAUCAUCCGGCAGACAGAAAAUGCUCUCCUGCACCCUGUCCUUAAGUGCCAGCCAGGAUUCCCAGCCGGACGGGAGCCCAGUCCAGGGUCUGAGUGCAGCUGCCCGGCAGACAUUCCACACGAUGGCCUCCACGCUGGGAUUAAUGAUCUCUGGUUCUUUAGAUCCCCUUGCGGUCACGUCGUGAAUGAGGAUGGGACUGAUGAGGAAGAGGAUCGCUCUCCGCCAAUCCGGGGGCGAAAUCCUUCACGGCACAAGCAAGUGGAGACUGUGCUUCUGGAGGAUCAGAUGAGGGGCACAUAUGUGACCCAGCGCCGCCGCUCACCUCGGCGGUCCCCCUCAGCUGGCAUGGAUGGACUUUCUCCUCUGGUAUCUGAAAAGGACCUUGAUACUAUUCAGCCCUUGAUCUGCUGCCCUUCCCGUCAGGGCGGAUCAGGCAAGUUUCUGAGCAAAGUGACCCGGCGCAAGGAUCGGCCUCAGCGGGACAAUUCGGACAGCGACACUGACCAGGCAGAGACCUCGGCUAAGGACACUGGAUAAAUCUGGCCUGGACUCACUCUAUUCAGAGAGAGGAUGAUAAACACAAAACUCUUUGAACCCAUUCUUCUCCAAAACUUGGAGGAGGAAAGGAUUGUGCACCUGUCAGCCAUUAACUAUCCAGCGCAACAACGCAGUGAGCGUUGGGGUGACCAAGGGAAUAGGUGCAAAGCACUGCUGUAAUGUGAGUCGCCUCCUGGAUAAACUUCAGACCUGAUCCAUGAAGGGAUGAGAUGAAAAAAUCAUUCAUCAGCAAAGGUUGCCACCUCUUCCACACAUAUAUAUAAAUACAUAAA